AUGAGAUCUAAGCACUCUAUCAGCCGUGCUCAAAAUGUGAGCUCUGAAAGGCCACUUAGGCAAUUCGUUACAGGUAAAGACAAGUCAGCAGGUGUAGUUGAACGAAUCGAAUACGACCCAAAUCGCACUUCAUGGAUCACCGUGGUCAGAUGGGUCGAAGGGGCAACCGUUGACCGUCCAAAAAAAGUCAACUCCCUCCAAAAAAAAAACUUCACCCCACCCCUUAAUAUCCUACCCUCCAUCUCCAUCAAAGGUCAGUUUUCAUUCUCUUCAAUUCUCGGAAUGUUAGAAGACAAAAAGGUGGAAUCUUUAAGGCCUAAAACAGAUCAUGUAGUGGUUGGACAUUCAAAAGGUAGUAGGACCUUGAGUAGUCAAAGUCAAAGUCAAACGGGAACCCACAUGAGAAAUGUUAAGGAUGUUUUCUUGUCUGCUUUUCAUCUUCAAAUGGGAAAAAAAAUACAUGAUGCUCCUUCUUCGUUUGUGAACGUGUUGGGUGUUCCAAGAAUGGUGGUGACAAGGGCAAAACCGGAAUUUUUUGUUCCAAGAAUAAAAGAUGAUGUGAAAGAGAAUGAAAGUCUGUUGCUUAAUGAGGUAAAAAGGUGGGAUAAGGAUAGUGUUGUGUGGGAGCAUAAGAUGAAACGAAAAGCAGUUGUUUCUUGGGGGAGUUUGAGACAAAAGGGGAUUUUAGGGGUUGUUAAUGAUUCAGAGUCAAAGUCAAAGGUGAGAAAAAGUGAAAAGGUGGAAAAAGAUGGGAAAUUUGGAGUGGAUCGAGCUCCUGUGAGUUAUAUAUUGGCUACCUAG